UGCUCGCCUCCCGCACGCCGGUCGGGUUCGCAGCCCGACAUGGAGCGGCCCCGCAGUCCCGGCCGGGCUGCCGCGCUCACGGACGCAGCCCCGGCCUCGGUGACCCUGGCGCAGCUCCUGCAGGUGGUCCAGCAGGGCCGGGAAAUCCCGGGCCUGGAGAGACGCCACAUCGCGGCGACCCACGGCGAACCCACGACGUCCCGGCUCCCGCGGAGGCCCAAGCCUUGGGAGGCCGCGGCUUUGGCCGAGUCCUUCCGCCCUGCGGCCCUAGACCCGGGGCCACAGGCAUCGCCGACCCUCAAGAAAGGAAUGGCCCCGGCGGAGGCAGCGACUACGCCUUCUUAAACGGCACACAGUGGGUUCCUGGGGUUCCUUGCGCGGGAGAUUUGGAGGGCGUGACUGCAGGACCCUGGAUACCGACCACUCUUACUCAUCUUUUGGGCAUUCGCCCUGAUGUCUCAUCUGGACUUAAUCCUUCGUAUUUCAGAACCACGAUCCUUAGGAAAAAGAAAAAUCCUGUUUCAGUCCUUAUGUGUAAUUGAAACAAAUCACAUACUUUUACUACCUG